UUGCCCCAACACGCGAAAUUACACGUCCGUUCAACCACAGCCAACUCAGAGUGCUCAGCGAGCAGAGUGGUUGAUGAAACACCGUCGUCACGUGCAGGGCAGAACACGCUCUAUUGCGUCUGGCAAUGCGAAGAAGAGCAAUGCAAACGGAACUUCUAAUCUGAUUUCAAAGGAGGUGCGCCAGUUCUUAAAGCUAUUCACGCGGGAGGUAUGCAUGACGUUCAUGGAUGAGGGGUUCGCAGCGUGUGCGAUGCGUCGCGAACGUGCGAGGGCAGAGCAGCCACAAGAGGUCCAGGCUCGUGGAGUGCCACUACCGGCAGAUGUGUUGGAUUCUUUAUACAGCCAGGUUGUUACUCAGCUGCUCUUCCAGAUUCUCGGGUGGACUGAAAAAGAGGCGUCGCGAGUGUUACAAACGGUGGUGCGGCAAAUAAAGCGAUGCUUCCCCCCUUCUCCCAACCUAAGCCCGCAGAUGUGA